UUGAGCGACAUACGGUUGUCACAGCUGCAGUUUGUGACAUACGCCAACCAUAUAUACAGCCAACAGCACCAGUACCGACUAUAGCGAACGAAAGGAGUAUGAAUACGAAUAAAGCUAAAGUACAGACUACUUGAUCCCACUUACCGAUCAAGGCUUUGAGAUUUUGCAAAGGUGCAGCCAUUUGUAACGAUUGACAAUUGGGAGUUAGUUGGGAGAACAACGUGGGGAUUAAAAAAAGUGUCAAAAAGUAGGAUGUCUUGCUUUUUAACUUUCGCAGUUACUCAGCAGAUAUGCCAGUUUAUUGCUUCGGGUCCAAUGGCAAUGGUCAGCUAGGGAUUGGUCACGACAUAGAUCUUCGAAUACCAGAGAAGUGCUCUUUGAACGUUCCGGACUCUUCCAUAGCCAAAAUAACGGCAGGUGGUAACCACUCAGCAUUACUGACAACCGACGGCGACAUCUAUUUCUGUGGCGAUAAUAGUCAAGGUCAAUGUGCUGACGUGACCUCCAGCACCUUUCAGAAAUCACAAACGUUAGCUGGAAAAAACUGGAAAGAUGUUGCGUGCGGCUGGUCUUUCACUAUCCUUGUCGAUAACUUUGGACAAGCGUACUCGCUAGGCGCGGGUAACCGCGGAGAGCUUGGUCACGAUGAUAAGCUCUUCAAAACAAACAUGGCCGUCGCCAUCAGAGGCGUAAACCGAAUUGCCACUAUUGCAUGUGGCUACCGACAUGUGGUUGCUUUGUCCAUAGACGGUGUGGCUAUGGGUUGGGGCUCCAAUAGCUCCGGUCAACUCGGCACGGCUGCAUUUCAUGACAAGAAAACGAAGUCCGUCUUACCGACUAUCAUUUUCCAGGAUAACGUAGCUGCAAUCGCUUGCGGCCAAACGCACUCUGUGUUUUUGGAUGGGGCUGGAAAAGUAUAUACCCUGGGGCUCAACAAAUAUGGUCAACUCGGCAAAUUCGAUCCAUUAGAACGGGAUCGAUCAGACCAGCCAACGCUCAGUCUUUUGCCUGCACGAGCAGUCAAUAUUUCAUGUGGAUGGCAUAAUACCGUUGUGCUCACAGACACCCACGAAAUAUGGGGUUGGGGGAGAAAUGAUCAUGGACAGCUGAAGGGCAUUGAAGCUACGGGAGAUGGAUGGCGAGACAAACCGGUCAACUUGGCGUGGAAACCUGUUCGCUUGCAACAACCAAGUACAGCUCAGGACAUGAUCUGCGGGUCGGAACAUGUGCUAUGUAUAUCCAACGGCGCUGUGUAUGCAUGGGGCUGGAAUGAACACGGCAACUGCGCUACCACUGAUGCGGAUGUGUUUGCGCCCUAUGCUUUGUCGCUCGCCAAUCCCAGGAUGGUUGCAGCUGGAUGUGCCACGUCGUGGGUUAUAGCAGACUGACCUUUGCUCGAUCGCCAUACCAAUAGAUUACAUAUGAUGACAAGGGCUAAUUUAGUACCACCUGUAAAUAUAAAAGACUGCUUAUAAUCAUA